CGGAAGUGAGACAUUCGCUACGACGACGACGGCGGCGGCGAGUGGGGCUGACGCGAAUUCUGCCGUCGUUGCUACAUCCGUCUCACGACUCACGCCUCACGACUCGCACUCCCUGCCUCGUCGUCCACCUCGUCGUCCCAAGCAGUGUGCAAGCGCCGAGGUCUGCUCGCCACCACGAGAGGGCUUCAGGAGUUGAGCGUUUGGUUGAAGGAGCGCAGGCCACAGUGAGUUCGCUAUACGGAGCCUUGCCAGGUGAAUUGCUGCAGCCAAGCGCCGACGGCCUGCAGUGCCAUCUACAACCAAGCCCGGACUCGAACCCAGCAAGCUCAGCGGUGCCGACUCAGCGUUCUCUGACCCCACCCCCUCCACCGAGCCCGCCCCCUUCCUGUGCGAAGCCAAAACGGUGCGAGAGCCCACGCCUGUGACCUGAGCCCCGGAGAGCUACAGCCGAGCGCCACCAGCCGCCAGCCACCAGCCGCCAGCAAUGUCCAGCACCAACAACAUCGCACAGGCACGCAAGAUGGUGGAGCAGCUGAGGAUAGAGGCGAGCAUGGAGCGGGUAAAGGUGUCCAAGGCCGCCUCGGACCUGAUGCGGUACUGCAACGAGCACGCCAAGUCCGACCCGCUGCUCGUGGGGAUUCCCAACUCCGAGAAUCCCUUCAAGGACAAGAAGCCAUGCACCAUCCUGUGAUGUCUGCACAGCUAGCAGCACGCACGCACGCACGCACACACGUACACGCGCACCUUACACACGCACGCACCUUACACGCACACGCACCUUACACACGCACGCACACGCACUUAUCUGCUACACUUCUGGUCCAGCAGCCACAGCCUAAUCCACGCACGCGCGCGGGGGAGGUCUGGCGGGCAACGAUAACCGCCUGCCGUGACACCAUUUAGCCACCCGGCGCCCAGAUUUUCGAAAAACGCCCCCAUUAGGUCAGUCCGUUGGCCUGUUACCAACAGCUCAGCUGACGUCUGCACGCACAGACACGCACGUGCACGCGCACACAGAUACAGAAUACACUCGGAGACGUACCCCGUCUAACCCUGUUAGGACGAUGGAACAAGUGCUGUAAGCGAGCGCCUAUCGAGGCCGUGAAAGCGCAUCAGGUGGUGGUGGUGUGGUCGACGCCGCCGCGCGUGCCCGGCCGCCUUUGUCUCCCCAGUGCCAGUGUUAGAUCGCACGCCACGGCAGGUGCACGUUUAAGGCUGAGUCGACCUCGGGGAGGAAGGGGUUUUUAGGUGCGAUGUGCCACUGAUGACUCGUCAUGGCAGGCAGGGAAUCGAGCCGGUGCGGCUGGGAUUACGAGUGCAGCGGGUGAACCACUGCAUCACCGCUCUACCACACUCUCACAUACACACACACGCUCACAUUCACACGCAUUCGCGCACACACACACACGGGCACCCAUCAUUUGUGUUCAUCAACAACAGCACCCCCACCUCCCCGUUCCGACUGACUGGCUGACGGGUUCGAUCCACGGUAGCAAGUGUGGUUGCGGGAAGGGGGGGAGAGGGAAGGAGGGGGGGGAGGUUGGAACCUCCCUCCCCGCCUCUCUCCCAUUCCAGUCGCCCCCACGCUGGCACCGCUGAUGAGUAGGUAUGUAGCGAUGCAUCGAUUGGUGGGCCAGGGUCGUUUGCCACGCUCGCGGCGUGAGGGUCAUGUCUGAUUUGCUUCCUGUACCGUCGUCGUCUUUUUGUCGUCGUCUCCGUGCGUUGGGUUCUCGUGGAGAAACCCUGGCAGCCACUCGCGACGCAACUCUGUCACCGCAAUGGGAAUUUGAAUAAGAUCGUCAUCUGCAUCAUUGAUUAAUGAAUCGAUUCGACCCCCGCCUCCCCCCCCCCUAAUUGUUAUGGGUGCCAAAUCUUUUCAAUGUGCCGACAAAGUUAAAUUGUGCAAAGCGUGUCUGUGCGCUGUCCUGGUGGAUUAUGGGUAAAUCAUAUUCUAAACGAAUAAACGGAGAGAAAAAAUCCAAGGAUCAGCUUUGUCACCAACAAACAUUCUUUUUGUUACAUGUUUUAAGUCCAUCGAUCUUAACUAUCCUUGAGAAUCGAUUUUUUUUCGGCGACAUUCGCACCCGCGGCCGGUUUUGCCUCUGUUGGUUCUCAUCAGCAACAUGGUAGACCAGAAGUUUGUAUUUUAUUUUGAUUCUCUUGACGCCCCCCCCCCACCCACCCAGAUAAAGAAACGAAUUAUUCAGAGCCAGAGGGAAGGAAAUAAUUUCAAGGUAUAAUCGACGAUCGCGAAAUGUGUCGACAUCAAAGAGUUCUUAAUUUUGUAUUGGCAAUUUGACAGGAGAAAAGAAUCUUUUAAAAAAAUGGUCUAUGAUGUAACGAGAGUCUGAAAUAUUUUUGGCGAGGGGGGGGGGGUGAGGGGGGGGGGGCGGGAAACUGCCCCUUUCCCCCCACCCCCCACCCAACCCCCCUCUGCAGUUACCCAGUUAACCCAUUCUUCGGAUUGUAAGACGCUGCCGAAGGUAAGACGACGCACCCUCAAACCUGUGGCAAUAAAGUCAUGGCAAAUCUGGCCUCACGCGCGCAUCAAACUAAACUACGAUUUGUUUAUAUAUUCUUGGUUCUUUCAGUAAAGUCACGUAGAAGGGAAAAAUAAAAUAAUAAAAAUAUAAAACAAUAAAAUUCUCAACAACGUUUCGGCCGCAACGCAAGCAAUCAUCAUCAGGUGUGAAAAACACAGCAAGAAAAUUUGACUUUACCGAAAGAACCAAGAAUAUGAAUCCCUGUAGUCACGAAAGCUUGAAAUCGAAAUACGAUUUGUUGAUUCUCUUUGGCCAGGUGAGCCCCCCCUCCCCCCCAACUGAGCUGCAUGGCUCUCGUUCAGAAGCGACCUCGCCACAACGAGAGGUAGCCUAUCACGUGGACAUUUCUAGCAGCCAAAUAUUAUUUCUAAUAAACCUCCCGGAUUAAUUAUACCAAGUCGCGCUCCUAACUUUUCGCGGCGGGGGGAGGGGCGAGAAGGGUGGAGGAGGGGGGGGGCACGGCGGAAAAAGCAUGCGCGUCUCACGAUCCGGAGAAGGCGGCACUCUCAUAGAUCCAUAGCGAACAGCGAGGUGGGGGGGGGGUAUUGGUUGGAUCUCUCACGAUCGCUUUGUGACGCGUCGAGUGACGUCAGCGCGCGCGAGUGGCACGCAGAGCCUGAGCCCCCCCCCCGUGCCCCCUCCACACACCCUGGACCCGACCGCGUGGACUCUGUCAUUGCUGCUGCCGCUGCGUUUGCUAAGUUGUGCACGUGGCGGCCUUGAAUCGACUUCUCGUCGUGCUCGAGGAAGCCGCCGUGUGUAUUGCUGUCGACCCACGCCAAUUGGGCCUUCACUCCCCAGGGGCGCUACCCUUGCCACUCGGCGGCCUGCGUCGGCCGUGCCCUGUUUUUUUUUUGGGGGGGGGGGGGUCUGCCCCCAAAGUGAAGUGAUUUAGACAUUUUUUUUAGUUUCGUUUAGUUUUUGCACAGCGUACCCGGACAUGUUCCCAGUGCCUGUCCGUCCAGCGUCCGACCGACGCAUGCACGCACGCACGCGCGUCGCGCUCGGCUCCUUCGCCUCGGCGUGGUGGUUGACACCCGUUUUGCCACCCUCGUUACCGCUGUGAUUGGCAUCGUUAUCAUCACUGCUGUCAAGAAGCGGCUGGGACUCAUGACUUUAGAUGGCUGCUUUGGCGUGCGUGUGUGUCUGCCUGUGUGUCAUUGUCUAUAUGUCUGUGUGUGUGUCUGUAUUUGUAUGCGUGUCUAUUUGUGUGUCUGUGUGUUUACGUGUGAAUGUCUCUGUGUGUCUCUGUGUGUGUCUUUGUGUAUGUAUAUGUCUGUAGUUGGACGUGCCCGUGUGUGUGUAGGCCUGUGUGUUUGCCAGUGUCUGUCUCUGCGUAUUAUGUAUGCGCGUGUGUGUGCAUUUAUCUGUAUCGUGUCGACGCAGUUCCCUCUUUAACAAAAUCCAUUUUGAUAUUAAAACACAACAGGCCGCAUGUGCACCGCAGUAUCUAGCUGACAACAAGACCAGGUCUCUGGAAUUAAAUUGCAACAAAAAAAUAGAUACAAUUUCUGAUAACAAAAAAACAAUGGCGUGCCAUAACACAAGCACACGCACAUUCAUAACCACACACACAUUCAUAACCACACACACAUUCAUAACCACACACACAUUAAUAACCACACACACACACGGAAAGUCGUUCAUUAAUAACACAACACAAACAUGCAAAGUCAUCCAUUCGUAACACACACAAUCGCACGCACACGCUAGAAGAGUGAAUCUAUGUGUAACACACUCACACGCUCACCACAAUCAAACAAGAACAUCCAUUCGUACAAUCGCGCCAGAUGUGAUUCUGUUCUGGGCGAUCGCUGCUUCAAUUCUCCAUCGAUGGGGUGGGGGGGCUACAAAAAACUCAUCGUUGGCGUUGUUCCGUAGCUGUUGGACAAACGUGGCUUUAGUUUAAAGGCCCCCCUUAAACACCCCCCCUCUGCCCCCCACCAUGCUCAAGGUCCCUUCUGUUCACCGAAGGAAGACGCAGGCGGGGUUGGACCCCUCUCCCGAGCAAACACAACGCGCGCACCGCCCCUCUUAUCUUUGUAUCCAACACACACAGAGACCCCCACCACCACCACCACUAACACGCACACCUUCAUAGCCUUCACAGACUGUUGGGGAAAGUUGCUGUCAACGAGUUCCACCUAUGAAGGCAGGGCACCGGGGGGGGGGGGCACACGAGGGAGUGUGCGGAUCGCCAGCACCACAACCCGACCGCCUUUGUCUCCCAAGUGGCGAUGUUUUUUGUUGUUGUUGACACACCGGACCUAGCGGGGGUGGGGGGGGCUCCAGGAUCAGUGCAGAUAAUCGUCACACGUGUCCGGUGGUCGUGAGCGGAAAUCGAACUCGGGCUGCCGGGUUCGCAGCGUAGCGCGCUAACCACUGCACCACCGCUCCCCAUCCGUAUCUCAACAAAGACGAGCACACACGCGCGCACACGGACACUCACACCGCCUCUUACUGCAUCGUCCGGGGCUGCGUCAAAGCGUAAGUUGUCUCCGUUUUUUGUUCAAUUCCAAUUUACGAAGCUUUAAAACUCGUGUCCACGAACGGCCCAGCGACACCGCGGACAGGGUAACAACAACAACACCAACAACAACACCAACAACACCAACAACAACAACACCAACAACACCAACAACAACACCAACAACACCAACAACAACAACACCACCAACAACACCACCAACAACACCACCAACAACACCAACAACACCACCAACAACACCACCAACAACACCAACAACAACACCAACAACAACAACACCAACAACAACACGCGUAGACCCGCGUGCUCACGAUCAUAAGACGCUCCGGAAAGUAAGACGCAGCCCCCCCCACCCCCCCAUCCAACAAGAAUCCCCUGUGCCCUGUCUCGACAGAGUAGCACAAUUCCGAGCUCACGUGCACGCACCUACCGGAUAUUAUAACUCGCACACCCCCCCCACACACACAUUUGCUUUGAAUACAUGGGGGGGGGGGGUUGGGGGGUCUUAUAAUCCGGUACAAGAUUAAAGAGCUGGUGUUUGUGUUCCGGGGAGCGUGGGUGGUAGUGAAUGAGUAGGAGUCCUCUUUCCUUCAGCUCGCUGUUAUUAGGGGAAUGUGGCAUUUAAACAGCUGGGGUGUGGUUGCGUUUGGGGUGGGUGGGGGGGAGGGUAGAGGUGAUUUACAAUUAUAAUUAUUGUUACUAUUAUGAUAUCACGUAAUUACUUUAUUGGUGUUAACACGAAAGUUAAGUGGACGCAUCUGUGCCGUAGCCUUGAGUGUGUUCUUUUUUUCUAAAUGGGUUUUCUGUGCCAUGUCUCACUUCACAUACAUCCACCCCCACCCCGCAAUCAAACAACAACAACAACAGCAGCAGCAGCAGCCCGACAUUCGCCACCACUAAGCGACGGUGACGUCACGCCGCAGGGCUUGUGCCAGGCCAGGUGCACCUCACCUUGCUUGGCUCUGUGGCGCGCAGCAAAGAUGCGCGGGGAUUUCCCCCGGGUUAUACCCCCUACCCCCGCCCAGGCUGUUAUAGGUUUAGCGGACGUGCGAGACGACGGUGAUGAUGGGUGGUGAUGGGUGGUGAUGAUGGUAAAUGCACCACGUGUGCACGUCCGCUGCUGUGCUACCUCCCUCCCACCCCCCUCGAUUCUCGACUCGUGGUCGCAAGUUGUCUUCUCGUCACGUGCAGUCGGUGCACAUUGAUGUGUGGGCUGUCUCGUUUUUCACUCUCCUCUCUCUCCUGAUCUCUGGCAUUGACUCGACGUAGUGACGGCUGCAUUAAACCACUGAGCGCUAAGUACCACUGAAAUACACUCGGUAAUCAAGGCAUUGAAAGGCAAUUCGGCAUUGUGUUAUGAAUUAUAUAGUAUGUGUUUUGUUUUUCGUCAAAAUGGGUGUUUGGUUGGUAAAGAAUCGUUUUGAUGUUGGUGUUAGGAUGAUGCUGCCGCUCAGCAUGGCGAGUCAUGGUCAUAUUAAACCCUGUGACACGCACAGCCGAGGAGAUGUCCUCAUCCAGCAGUGGAUUGACCAAGGGUUGUACGUGAACAAUGUACACAUCUGUUGCCAUAGCUGCCACUGGUGAAGCCAAAGUCCAUUUAGGAAAUUGAUGCCGCACAGCCAGUUAAUCUACAUGCUACAUGCAUGUGUUUGAGACCCGCGGUCAAUUGCUCUAUGUAGUCGUGCCAUUCCAGACAUAUAAGAAUAUAUUAACAGUUCGGAUUUUGAGUAAAACAAAGUGAACUCUUAAUUGUAUUACCGCUCUCAGUUUGCCUAUACUCCCCUGCAACGCCGGGAUUGAUAGAUCCUCGCGAAUCUCAUUGAUGAACUGAUUGGUUUGUUAAUUGAUUAAAUGGUUGGUUGUUUUUGUGAAUAGAGUGGUUACUUGGUUGAUUGAUUGAUUGAUGGGUUGGUUGUAUACUUGAUUGAUGGUUUGGUCGGUCAAUUGAUCAGUUGAUUUUUGCAUUGGUUGAUUAGUAUGGCGAUUAAUCGAUUUAUGAAUUAGUUGGUUGAUUAAUGGAUGAAUUGCGCGGUGGGGAAUCCCUUAAUUAACGUGCCAUGGUUUUUAUACAAACGCGGGAUGCGACGCGGGGCCUUAAACUACACUUCAUGAUGCUGAAUUACUCGGCUCGAGAAAUUGGCAAACGAUAAAUUCACAACAACAACAACACCACGUGAAGUCGCGGUUAUUUUUCCCGAGGAUGUUAACUCAUCUCCUGUUUACAAGCCCCCCCCCCCCCCCCCCCCCGAGAAAGAGCGGAGGAAAGUCCACACUUCCCAAUGCCGGUGCAUGGACGAGCCAUUGACCCAUCCGAUGGCCAAAUUGUCAAACAAUUUGCGCCUUGAUUUUGAUUUGAGCCUCGGUAGACAAUCACUCUGCGCUGAACGCGACAACUCCGCCUGGAUGCGCCACCUCGAGACGUUGCCACCUCGAGACGAAUUUACAAAUUCACACCGCGCGUUGUUGAGACCAUCAGUGGUAAAUCGCACGACGCCGACAUCACGUGACACGAGUUGCUGUGUUAACCCGACCUAUAUGAAUUACUUUGGUGUAGCCUUUACACGAUAAAAAAAUAAAAACCUGUGGAACCCUACGUUAUUGCUAAUUUCUCGGACAUGUAAUGAUUCACAGGCUAAGAUUGAUGCUUACGCUCGUGAUACGCGCCUGUGUCUGUAGAGCUAUUGUUUUAGUGUUCGUGCCAAUCGUAUGUAUGUGCGUAUAUUGUACUUCUUUCGCACCGUACGUGGCCAACCGUACUCAUGGGAGGUGCCGGGGGAAGGACAAAAAGCUAAACACAAAACGCAGUUCUAAAGAAAUGGAUUUUCAAUUCAGAUGUAAAAGUGCAUAGCUCCAGCGGCUUCCUAAUAUCGGAGUGAAGAGCGUUCCAGACGGCCGCAGAAGCGCAUCUAAAAGCGCCACGCGAUGCGGUGACCGUCUUUGUUCGAUGGUUUGCCAAAAGCCGCUGCGGUGAGGACAGGAGUUUGCGUGAUGAUGGUUUUGUGCGUGAUGAUGGUUUGUGGGGGUUGUAAACGGAAUUGACCGAGUAAAUGGGGAUCGGGUGGGGGGCUAAUGAGAGACGGCGAGGAGGGCAAUGCGAACGAGACGGAUCGGAGCGGAGUUGCGUCCAGAGAAGUGGUUCUUCACCUUCACUUGCAGCCUUGCACCCCGUUGGUUCUCAAUCGUUUAAAAAAAAACCUCUACAACGUUAAUAAACACGUCGGGUUUGAUGACACAAAGUAGGUUGUAAUUUUUCGAUGUAAAGCUUUCGUGACUGCAGGGAUUCAUCUUCUUGGUUCUUUCGGUAAAGUCACGUAGAAGGGAAAUAAUAAAAUAAUAAAAAUCAAACAUGAUAAAAUACAAUUUUAUUAUGUUUAAGUGAGAAUUGUAUUUUAUUAUGUUUUAUUUGUAUUAUUUUAUUAUUUCCCUUCUACGUGACUUUACAGAAAAAGUAGGUUGUACUUACGUGUCCGUGCUUAAUUUGUCUUUUCGAUUAUUUACUUUAAAAAAAAUUCUGCCCAUGCGUGCAGCCCCUGGUUAAGAAGAAGAACCACUGGUCUCGGGCGCAAACCAGCGAGACAUUUCAAUAGAAAGGAGAGAACGCGCGUGGUGCACCGAUGCAGGCGAAGGCGUGCAGUGCCGACGAGACGAGAAGCUCUUGUCGGCGUUGCGAUCGAGGCAGAACGUACAACGCGCACGACCCAAUUAAUGCAAACUAAACAGACAGUCUAAACAGGACGGAGCGCGCGAUAUUAGACGAUGCGAGUGUGAGACGGAGCCCCACGAGUCAGGCGGAACAGACAAGACAUGGCAAUGCCAACACGGCUGUAAAAGCGAUGGGGGUGGUGAUAUACGAGACGGAUGCUGAAAACUGAGCACGCAAUUCAAAGCAGACAGAGCACAGGAGACGGGCAGACAGCAGACACUGACUGGUUGCGAAACAAAGGACGUAGAAAGAUUACAGGUUCCUGCAUCUAAUCAUCUUUUCAAAUCUUGACGAUUAAAUAAAAACGACCCAGUCGACACGCAACGUUGUCCCAACGUUGGCUUGUGGUUUGGAACCGUUGACCAACGUUGAUUCAACGUUCCCCGUUUACUCGGUGGAGGAGGAGGGGGGGGGUGAUUAGUUGAUUCGCCAUCGGCACGCAGAGAAGAGGGACUUGAAUCGUGACAUGUCCAGUUGUUGGACUUGAAAUGCGUCGCUCGAUUGGCGUUGUGCGAUAUCGACCGUUGACAGCGGCCGCAUGCUCAUGAUUUUCAUUUCUGAUAAUGAUGCCUUUCUCAUCAUCAUCAUCGCCAACAUCAGUGGCUACCUUUCGCAUGUUUGCUGUCACUCCCCUGUCUCUCUCGUCUCUCUCUCUCUCUUAAUACUAAACAGUGCCAAUUUAUGCUAGGGUCCAAAACUGACAGUAGCUGGCCCCGGUUUGUGACGAUUGUGUUUUAUGCCGAUGUCGCUGUUGAUGGUCGGAUUUCGGGAGGACGAGGAGGAGGUGUGAGUGUGUGUGACCUGCUUGAACGCGCAGAGCUUGCACUGUUUGUGGCUGCGUAUUAGUUUGGGACAUUUUGUGCAACAAAUAUUUGUUUUCGGGAGAGAAGGACACGUGUGAACUAAACGGAGUGCACACACGUGCACGCGCGCACACAACUACAUUCGCACAGGGGACGAACACUUAGACACAUUGGUGUGCACGGCGACACACACACAGGCGUGCCCUCAUACACUAAUACACGUACAGAUACACGCGUACACACACACAUGUACAAAUGUCCACUGACAUACAUGCAAUGACACACACAGGCCCAGGGACGCAUACACAGAGACCCACGGACACACACACAGACCCACUGACACAUCACACACAAACCCAUGGACACACACAGACCCACCGACACACACACACAGACCCACCGACACACACACAGACCCACUGACACACACAGACAGACCCACCGACACAUCACAGACAGACCCACCGACACACGAGUACACACACGUGCACUGAUGCACACACACACACACGGGCGCCCUUCUCCGUGAGCUGUUUUUGGACCCUGAGUUUGUAACGCGGUGCGGCCAAAGCACGUGUGCAAGAGUGCACACUUGCGCGUGUGUGCGUGCACACACGUGUGUUCACGCACACGUAUGUCCACGCACACGCGUUCACGCGCAUACACGCACGCGCGGCCCCGCGUAAGAGGCAUCUGUGGGCUGACGUGUACGCACUGCACACUUGAUAUUGUUUUGGGUUGUGUUUAGUUUUCUUUACUCAUAUAUAUUAAACAAGUAAUUAUUAUAAGGCAGUGUUUCGAAUCAGAAUGCCAUACAUAAUAAUGUCACUUUUUGUUCCUGCUAUUAUAAGUAUAUGCCUAUUAGAUGCGCAAAAUUGCACACACACACACGCGCGCGCGCGGACACACCUAGCACACGGGCAAUGUACUUGUAUGCGCACGUGUGCAUAGUACACUGAUCGCAUUUGCUUAGUUGCCGACUGGCUCGCUCGCCCGUCUUGUUUCGCGUGAGUUCACGACAGUGUGAAACCCUAUAUAUGUAGAAGGUGGUUCUUUGGUUGGUAUAGACUCUGUGGGCUCGUGUACAACUCGAAUGAAAUAUCGCAUCCGUAAGUUUUAACAACAACAAAAAAUCUACCUUUUUUGUUGUUGUUUGGGCACUGGACGGUCGUGGUCGACAAAUUUACAGGUGGCGCGUAAAGUUUUUUUUUCGUGUUCAUUUCAGAUGCGCAAAUUCUUGUGCGUACACCGCAAGGGAGAUGGAGCGAUGGCAUCAACUCUAUUCAGGUGCUGGGUUGAUCGUCGCAUCGCGGGAUAGUGAAGGGGAUGGUGGGGAGGCCUUCAUUCAGCAGUGGAAGUAUCAUGGCUCGUUUUUUAAAAUCUGAAUUAUCGACCCAACUGCAAUGAAUAUUGCCCGUGAAAUUUCACGGUACAAGCCUCUAACAGAAACCUCCCCCCGACCUUCUUAAAGCGUCUCCCUUCGGUGGAAAUUCCACAUUUCUAUGGCAGUGGCCAAAUCCUCGAUGGAGCGACUGCUGUUGACCUACCACAAAGCAGUGCCAAAUUGUUGCAGCCUUGUAAAGAUGAUUGGCCUUGUUAAAUACGCUGCGUAGUAGUUAACUACAUCAAGUCGGGCUUAACGCAAAUGUGAUGUUUAGCUUUUAUGGCAGAUCAAGCUUUUGGCUGGCAGGGAUUUCUCUUUUUUUUUAUCAGCGGCUGUUAACCUACAACGCGUAAUAAACCAAAAUGCAGUUGUAUUAACAUUUAUAUUGUUACAAGAUUUGUCCACCAAAAGUCCAGUGCAUAAGCUGUUUUCAACGCGCCGUUUGACGAACUGCGAAAUGGAUUAGUGGUCUCAUGACCGUGUCUGUCUGCUGUAGCCGAGGUGGCGGUGGUGAUGAUGUGGGAGGAGAGGUGGGGGGGAAGGAGGAGGAAGAGGCAGUCGAGCUAAAGUUGUUCUGCAUUUGUCUCUUGAGUACUAGAUCAGACGCUUGCUUAUCUCUAAACUAUCCAGAAUAUUUUACAGCAAAACCUCCUUCGUUUAAAGCAUUUUACACCCACGUUUUUAAUUUGCCGAUAAGUGUGCGGUGAAAAUUGGUUCAUUACGUUGAAUUCGGCUUAAUUGCCUGCGGGUGAUAACGCCGAUGAUGACGUUCAGCAGCUGUUCUGAAAUUUUCACGAAUAAAACAUUUAGCGAAUCAGAGUUGCGAAUCAACCACGAAUGCAACAUUAUUAAUCCCAUCUAAAAAAAUGACGCAAAUCUUCACGUGUGUCAGCAUUGGCGUUGUUAAACUUUGUCGCGUUAACUAUUCGAAACGCGACCUUUGUGCCAAUCGCAACGGCACUUUAGCUGUCACGUGAUGGAUUCCGCCUCUGCGAUUGGCUGUGGAAGUUGAUUUCCACACAAAAGUUCGCCAGCCAAUCGCGCUCCUCCUCCCCACCUCGUGCCGCGCCGUCGCCAGUGCGGGAGACGCACCGCGAUUGGCUGUCGCGUCCCGGCGAGUUGAAUAUUUUAAACCAAUCAUUGGGCUCGCUUACGGAAGCGAGGUUAAGGAACCCUUCACCCACCCUCCUCCGUUGCGUAUCAGUAGAGGUUGUCACGAUUCAUCGAUGGAUAUCGAUUCGCAUGGAUUCUUAACACGCAUACAUCGUAUCACGCGCACACGAGUCUGUUAUUCCAGUUCAUAAUACUUGCUGUGCCGUCGGUUUGUGUGAGUCGCGCAGCCACGAAAGGCCGCUAUAUUCACCACUGUUCAAAAGUAAUUUGACCAUGGAUGAUCCUUGUAAUGGAAUCACCACGGUGCGAACAUUUUUCGAGAAAUUGCACGAAUCGGCGGUCGCUGUGAAUCGUUACAACCCUGGUGACCGGAGCGCGUGACGGGUUAAUUCAUGUUGGAGUCAGUGUCGCAGUAGUUAAGUAACUUGAUUACGAUUAUUAUGAUUAUGAUCACCUAUGAUGGUAUUCCAAAAAAAAAAGUGUCAUAUUUUCUGUGUUCUAUUUUUAAGGGGUGGGAGUUGGAGGGGGGUGGCUGGAUAAACUUUCCUGGCCACCGAAAUUGAAUUCCCCCAUCGACCUAUCAGCCAAUCGGAACGCGUCCCUGUGCGUAGCCUUCACCCUCGCAUCUUGACGUCACUGGUGCAACCGCGUAACCCCGUGUGACCCCCCGCCCCCCCCAGCUCCAGCCAAUGGUCAAUGUUUUGAGAACGAGACGCAAAUAUAUUAAAAACAGUCGCACCGAUGUUUAGUAUUUUGCAGAGGCCAUAAAUUCCUGUGUGUUACCCCCACAACGUAGACUAAUUGUGUUUACACGUCAGGGGUUGCUGUAUUAUAACUACGUGUCAUAAAAACACAACAUUCGGUGUGAGCCUGAAAUGACUCGAUCGAAGGCUAUUUGACAUCGGCUGCGGUGACCGCGUUGCCUUGGUCGUCCUGGCCGUCGUUCAAUUACCUCGAUUGGGAAGAGAUGUGUCGUCGUUCGAGGCUGUUGCGGAGUUUGUAGCGGGGGUUUGAUUCGGGAAGACGCCGUCAAAUUGGUUCCCAGUGUUCACGAGAACGCCAAUAUGUCGACUCGUAAACGUGGCGCCUCGAGUAAAAUUCAUAAAGACACACACACACGUACAAAGACAUGAGCACGCACAUUCACACACAGGCACACGAUUAUCAAGGAUGUGUUUUUUGUCGGAUUCAUGCAAAAAUUUAAAUCGGAGAAUCGGGCCGAGAUAUUUUGAUGAUUCGAAAAUAUAUUUAAGCAAACAUUUGCGUCGGAUUGAUCCGAAAUCUUGACAUCGUAUAGACCGAUCUCACUUAAACGAUGUUGCACCCUCAAAUUAUCUUCCGAAAAGCGGCGCCACUCGGCAUCGGGUGACGUCACUUUUGUUCGCACUAAAGGCGCGUGACAUUUUUGUAACAAUGCGAAACGACCCCAAAAUCUUCAGUAAAAUAAAUUAAAUUAAAUCCUUACAAAUUGCGAAAAUCUCACAUCUGAAAUGUUACAUUCUACAAUUCACCCCGAGUCAAACACAAAUGUACACGUGGACAAGACAAAGACAAAGAUCCCCCCCCCCCGGUACAACCUGAACCGACUUUUUGGGGCAAGUGCUGUUAGCGAGCACCUACACACAUCCACACAGACUCUCAAUUGGAGAUCCGUACACACACGUACGUACACACGCUGGCGCGCGCGCGCACACAAACGCUAAAAUUCCCAGGAGGAAUUAAACCCCCUGAAUCCCGACACGUGGGUUACGCAGCACAGUGACGUCACGGUGGUGGUGGUGGUCAGAGCAUCCUCUGUGCCUCGUAAAAUCGUAACGGUUCCCAAGAUGUAAAACAGAACUCGCUGUCGCGGGUAUAGAGCGAGAGAGACAUCGGCUCCGAUUAAAUCGACAACCAUUCACUUGCAUACGGACGGGGUUCGGCCCUUUAUCGAUCAACUGCUGGAUGAAGGCCUCCUCCACCACGUGGUGUCGCGCAUGGGCAGAAGCUUGGCCAUGCUUAUCUGGUUGGCGAAGAUUACGGAACCUUACAAAACACGCAAUCGGCUCUUAUCUUGGAGCCACGAUGUCCAGGGCUGCGCUGUUCGCUACGAGUUGAAAGCUUCGUCAACGAUUAUUUAAAAAAAAAAAACAUGUCCUGUUAAAGUUCCGUAAUUGGCGUGAAUUGACAGCACUGUUGUGACAUCAUUGUGACGUCAUCAUCAUCAUCGCCGUACGUUCUCAGACCGCGUGCAAUGACGUCACGGCAAUGCUGUCGAGUCACGGCCCCACGGUUUUAUCGACCGACACGAUGUGACGUAGAAUUUCGGUUUUUGCAGCGUGUUUAAUGAGACGAUCGCUUUAAUGGAGCUCCGUGAUGGUGAAUGGAGGUGUUGAUCGAUGGAUCGCCAUGCGCUCUGCGGACAUCAAAGCUGAAAAGAGAAUGGACAAUUACAAUUAGGGGGGGGGGGGUUGAGGGGGGGGCACGCUAAGCACCAGGGGCGAGGCGGGGGUCAGGGCCUGUCUGUCUGAGUUUGUUACGAUCUGGGUUAGUGGCGUUGUCUCGUUAGCUGUGCUACUCGGGUUUGGGAAAUGGUCUGGUCGGGUAGUGUGGUUUGGGCUAAAGGUCGGGUUAGAGUCUGGGUAGGUGGUGCAUUAGGACUAAGGGUAGGGUUAGAGUCUGUUUAGGUGGUGUAAUUGUGAUAGGAGUAGGGUUAGAAUCUUGCUAGGUAGAGUAUUAGGGCUAGAGGUAGGGUUAGAGUCUGGGUAGGUGGUGCAUUAGGACUAAGGGUAGGGUUAGAGUCUGUUUAGGUGGUGUAAUCGUGAUAGGAGUAGGGUUAGAAUCUGGCUGGGUAGAGUAUUAGGGCUAGGGGUAGGGUUAGAGUCUGGGUAGGUGCAUUAGAGAUAGGGGUAGGGUUAGAUUCUGGCGAGGUAGUCUAUUAGGACUCGGGUGAGAGUCUGGGUAGGUGGUGCAUUAGGGCUAGGAGCGAGUCUCUGGUACGGACGUUUGCUACGGGAAAGUUAUUUCCAGGGUGGAGUUGGCUGGCUUGUCGGGGUCGGGACGAGUGUGUGAGUGCCGAUGGUGUGGUGAGGGCUGGAGUCUGGGUGGCACUGAGCUUGCCCUGACCCCACACGAAUGUUAUCCCUGUCCCACCUUGGGCAGAUUUUGGCGUUCCGUUAUCCAUUCACUCUUCAGCGUUGGUGUCUGCAUCACGCGAAUUCAGAAUCAGGAUAUGUGUUUAAACUGGAGGAAUCCGAUGAGCUGUAAAGCUCUUUGUCACAUGUCCAGCAGCAACCCCACAAGGCCCAAAGCCAUGCACGACCCCUACCUCUGCCCCCCCCCCCCCGCUCCGAACCUGCCCCCCGUUAAUUUUUUUGAUUAACCAGUCGCCAACAGCAGUAGCAGCAGCAGCGAUAUUCGCGAACAGAAAUUUACACCGGCAAUCAAACAACACUUUUGAUAUACUAUAUAUUAUACACACACACACAACUCUCUGUGUCUUCUCAUCAAUUAAUUGAUUGAUUGAUUCACCCAUCCAUUCAUUCAUGAGUUCACCGCUCACUCAUUCGUUCGUUCUGGACGUUUUCUGCCCGUCGUGUUCAUCGGUGAGUCCGCUCUGUGGUUGUGUAUCUGUAGAUACAGUCAAACUCAUGUAAGACCGCGUGUCUAGUAGCGUUAAUAGAUGCUGUAAGGAGCACGUGUUAUUAAGUAUAGCUCCCCCUCCCUGACUCUCUCCUUCCCUCUCGCUCUCUCUGUCGCUCGCUCUCUCUCUCUCUCUGAUCUCCUCUUUCUCUGCCGCUGGGAUUAUCGUAACAUGUUGGUUUUUUUUGGCUUGAUUUCGGUAUUUUUUUCUUUUCUCCCUUUGAAAUAAAUAACUUUAAUAGUA